AAUGGUGACACUCCUGAUUCAAGGAGAGAAUCCAGCCUCCUUGGAGUAGUCAGCCUGCCUGGGGCUGCGCUCAGAGGCAGAAGCCCUUUCGUCUAAGCAGCUGAUGUACAACCUAAUUAAAUCGGGAUCUCUGCAUUUGUCAUCAUCAUCACAGAGGCCGGCACAGACAGGUCCAUGGUACAAUCAGCUGAUGAACAGAGAAGGUACAGCAUGGGCUGAGGGACCGGGAGCUUCCCAGGGUCAUGUCUCAGCCCUGACCACCCAGCUUCCCAGCCACUAUGGGAUCAAGGCUAAGCUUGAAGCCUUAAGACCCAGUUCUGGCAUGACUCGGGUCCCGCUCAUGAAAGAUUCUCCAGGGUCUCUGCUGCUGCAGAAAACUACAGACUGAAGGGAAGCUGGCAGGCAAGAGGAACACCUGGAGUUGUCCAAAGUUCAGAGCCAUCUUCACAGCACCUGUUUUAGUGCCUAUGGACCCCGAUGAGAACCAGGGACUCACCAUGCUGGGUGGUGUACAAGCACACAGCACAAGGCAUUAAUGAGCUACCAUCUAAAAGAGAGAGACAGCAAGCGAAUUCAGCAAAACAAUGGGCUGACAGGCCAGAGUUCUUCGGAGACGUGGCAAGCCACCGUGUGCCAGUGCUGUACACUGAGCUGACCCCCACCCCCGGGGGACGGAGCAGCAGGGGGUUCAGGCACCUGGACAAAAAUUAAUAACUGGAGCUACUGCAGCCAAGAUGGAGAAGCCAACAUUUUCAGAAGCGGCAUAACACUUGAAUACCUAAUGGCCAGCACCAUCGUCCUGAUUUUCAGAGAUGCUAAGUGUCUGCAGAUCCCAUAGGCUUCUGCUGGAGCGACAUGGGCUCAUCAGCUCUGAACAAGGAGGUGUUGGGUAUCUUGAGCCGGGCGCCAAAUAACUGAGUCCAAACAAAAAGUACUUCAUCUUGAUGCGGGGUGGUGCUGUGUUGAGAUGCUGGUGCUACCUCAGCCUGUCUACACAGCACAGUGAAGACUCAUGCCAGAGGUAUUGGCUGACGUCUCAGCUGGAGAUUAGCCAGUAGGGCUAGCCUGGAGCAAAGCACCACUGUCAUGGUUAUGCUGCUUCUAGUGCCAGCUUGGCAUCUCUACACAGCGCUGCUCUGUAGACAUGUCCUUAGCAGCCGGUUUUGGAAAUGCCAACCUAACCAGGGCAUAGCCUGAGAGGCCAUGAUUGCAGAGCCAGGGUCAGACCACAGAAGUGCUUUGCUCUCCAUUUCAUUGUCAUGCUGCCAGACCUCAGGCAGCGCGAGUCAAUGCAGUUCCUUUUAGCACCAGGCACCAAACCACAGCUCCCCAGGCUGCGACUGUUUGUAGCGAGGUGUCCACAACAUGGAGGUGAUUUCUGCUUUAAACGAAUGCUGGCUUUACAACAGGUCCUUCCAUCCAAAGAUUAUCCCCACUCCAUCCUUGGACACCCAUUCAAAGCUUUAGAGCAUCUAACUUGGAGCCUAGUCCAGAGCUCAUUGCAGUUGGUGGGAAGAUUGCUAAUGAAAUCUGGAUUGGGCUGGUGGCUCUGGAUUUGGUACAUCCACCUGGCAGGCACAGUGGGAGGAGAGAGAGGGAGAGAAACGCAGCUGAUAAAGCCGCCUGUUCAUUGAAGACAUCACUAUUUGCUGAUGGAAACAGGCGUCCGACGUGUUGCCUGAAAUCAGCAAGAGUUAAAUCCUGCUAUUGAUUCUCUCUCCCAACCUUGCUACAGCAGUGAAUUAACAUGAAUUACACCACAGAGCAGUGGGGAGAAAUGUAACUGAUGCACGAGGAGAGGAUGGAAACAGGAGUAUGAGUCUGUGCACGUAAAAUAUUUAUGCCCCAAAUUAACAUGCGCUUUAAGCUCGUGCAUUUCAAAUAUUUAUACAGAGCUAAUAUUUAGAAAAAAUGCAUUAAAAGUUGCCACGGGCACUUUAUUCAUUAGUAAGGAUCAGCAGUCCCCGGCAGCAGGGCCUUCUGUGUCCAGAUCACAUCCACGCAUAGAGAGCAGCGAGGAAAAUGCUGUCUGGAGCAGCUCUCUCUCAUCCAGCUGGACCAAGACUUUCAAAGCUGGAUGCCUAAAAUUAAGCUCCUUUCCUCUACAUUUAGCUGUGCAAAUAAAUAGCAUGUUCAAAAGUGCUAAGUACCAAUUACACCAAUUACAUACAGCAUUUUGAAAAUCAGGCCAUUUAUUCAGUUGCUCCAAGAUAGACUUAACAGUCUAACUUUAGGCAACCGGAUGCUUAAAUCUUGCUCAAGAACUUCCAUCUGUCCAUGGUAUUGCAGUACAGCCUGUAUAAAUAUCACAAGCAGACCAGCCAUGGCUAAUCAAUGCCCAUGCACAGAUCAGUGUGGUUUACUUAGACUAUUGCUUUACCCUAGAGGGGAAAUUCAGACUUGUACUGGCACCCCAUCCAUUAAAAUACCUCAAACACAAGGCAACACAAUGUGCGGGGCUCCAGAGGAAGUAUGAAACUUUGAAAGGAUUGUUCAUUGCUGCAGGCAAGGGGAUUCACCUUUUCCUUGAUUCCCUGGGUGUCAUAAUUGGUAUACAGUUUAAUGGGGAUUAGCCACUGCCUGUUCUCUGCUAAAAUUACUCCAGAUUAUGAUAACUUCUUUAGCUACCGAUAGGGCUGCAAACAAAGCCAAUUUCAUGCAGUCUCUGCUGAUUUUGCUUUAUGAAACACUGAUGCUGGAGAGGGACUGCAGAUCAGGAGCUGUUGCAGGGAGGGACCUGGUUAGGUGGAGGUUUUGGGGACAUAUUUCAGCCAUUAGAGGAUCAUGAGAAAGUUGGGCUGGAAGGGACCUCACAAGGGCAUCUAGUCCAGCCCCCUGCUGAGGGCAGGAUCAGCCCAGACGACUCCAUCCCAGCCAAGGGUCUGUCUAACUUGCUCUCCAAAUGUUUCAAAGAUGGAGAUUCUCCACGCAUGCACGCAGCCCCCUGCAGCCACCUAGACGAAGCCCUGGCUGGGAUGAUGUUGAUGGUCCUGCGUUGAGCAGGGCAGGGGUGACUGGUGCCUCCUCAGUCGUGGGGGGUACCCACUCCUGUGCUGUGGCUAGUGUCCCCCGUCCUCCUCCCCCAACAUGCCGCCGGCCCACGCAGCAAAAAAACUGCCCUGUCCUGAGUCAGGGGCUAAUCUCAGGGGGGCAUAUCCCCCCCCCCCCCCAGCUUCCCCUACCAGUCACCUGUGGAGCAAGGGUUGGACUAGAUGUGACCUCCUGAGGUCCCUUCCAAGCUUCAUUUUCUAUGGUUCUGUGAUUCCAGGCAGGCUGUGCCCAUAUGGAAACUUAAGAAAUGAUGGACCAGAUCCACAGUUAGCAAAAUUGCCACAGUUAAUAUCACUUGCCAUUUACAGCGUGUUGGAACUAAGAAGCCCUGGACAUGGCCGUGGACACUGUUGUGUUCGGUGCUGUACAAACAUAGAACAAAAAGAUGAUUCCUCUCCCAAAGAGCUUUCAGUGUCAGCAGAGCUAGAAGCAUUUCAUUGUUUUUACAGCAAAAGACGAUCUGGCCCCGUUGUUUCAAGUGCUGCGUUCACCUUCCAUUCCCGGUGACAUAGGUAAAUGGGUGCAUCGCUUAUAUAACUGAGAUGAGAACCUGGUGUACUGUAUCCAGUUAAUGCAAAUGUGAUUAAUUCUACAGUCUUUCCUUUUAUUUUAAAGGUUAUUCCUUUGGUCCAGGAGGCUUCACUGCUGAUGGACUGGAGCGCUGCCAGCAGCCACAUUUUUGUGGUAAAAGGGGACAAGCCAUGUGAAAGUUUAGCACUUUGAAAAAGUGACCUUUCUUGGUAAUUAAUCUGUCGCUCCCCAACACCAUCUGCUGACUCGUCAGCUGCAUCCAUCAUAGGCAGGGGAAAAAAAAAGAUUGAAAAUUCAGUUAAAAUGAAAGCAAGUGUCAAAUGAGUUUUUGCAAAUUCUUUAGGGAAGACAAGCUAGUGAAUGAUGUUUCCUUUGCCCUAAACACUCACGCACACACGUAUACAUGCUCUAAGGGAGAGAAGCUAUUUGACCUCUCCUAAAGAUUUACAACCAAGCCCAUAAUGUUGUCUUUGUGAUAAACUGUAAUAAAUACAAAGGGAUCUGGGAAGCAUCUUAACUACUGGCAAAUUUUGUAAGGAAUGGUUUGGCCCAAAUGAAGCAUUAUUGACUGAGAUGACAGCAGGAAAGCUAUUGUGAAAGCCAGGUAAGGAGCUGGAGUUUGUACACGGUGUAUCGACCAGCUGUGAUGCCGGGCAGGAAAGAAAAACUGUUUUUAAUUGGCUUGUUUCACAGUUCGCCCCUCCUUGUAUCUGGCCAAUAUUGCCAGUGCUGAGCAUUCAAUCAGAGAGGCAGGAAUGCUACUUCAAACAACAGAUGUAACACUCUGGAAAGCUAUUAAACAGAGUGGGCUUUCAUACAUUUGCUAACUUGUUUAUUCCCUCGCUCCUUUUUUGGCUCAGGUUGGUUCGCGUGGACCCGAGGCUCAGGUGAGAUGUGAAAUGAACAUCCUGGCCAGUUACAGCUGGAAAACUCCAUUUGGUUUUUUUCCCCCCAAGAGUUUGGAGGAUUUCACUUUGGUGUCAGGGGCUAGUUUCCACAUUGGGUGACUGCAAACUGCCUAGCCAAUAUUCCCCUGGGAGUCCAUAGACCAAGCCACUCUUUAGAGCCUGUCUUAAACCUGGUGGCAUGCCAUGCACUGCUGGAGGCUGACCCAAAGCCCUCUGACAUCCUUGGGGGUCUUUCUGUUGAACAGGUGCUUUGGGGAGUAGAUGCCUUUUUAAAUAAAAGCGGCAUUUAAGUGCUAUGUAAAAUGAGUCUGGCCUGGGAUCAAGUGCUGCCCAAGGGACCGAACAGCCUAAGUAUUGCUCUGCCCUGGGGGUCCUUGACAUCUGUGCAGAGUGGUGUAGACUGCUUCUAUGUUGGGUUGUCCUCUCAGCAUGUGCUGCUUGUGCCUGGUUGUAAAGGAUAGCCAAAGGCACAAAGAGAGACAGAGAAUCUAUGUCUCUGUGUGUCUAGUGAGAAAGGAAGAUCCAAGGGUGAGGGAUUUAGUCUGGGACCUGGGUGGCAGUGAGUUCAGGCCCUUACUGUAGCCUGAGCCUCUUGGGUAACUGUGGGCAAGUGGCUUAGGCUCUCUGCCUCAGGUUCCCAUAGGGAAAAAAGUAGGAAUGAUUUUCCUUGGUGGAGUUGUGAGUAUACACGGGUUAAAAACGGUGGGGUGCUCAGGUGUUAUGGUAAUGGAGGGAGGGAAGAUACAUACUUAAGAGUUAAAUAAAUCCUGUGGCCUGGUCUGAAUGUCUCUCCCUCCUUUGUCUAUUCAGACCACGAAGCUCUUCGGGAUGAAUGGUGAUAGAUAAAUUUAAUAUGUAAAACUUUAUUUAUUAUUUAUUACUUAGCUCUAUAUUCCUGUAGGUCAUUCAUUCUCUCAGAUCCAUGCCUGCGUAAUACCAAAAGGUCAAACUUUACCCUGAAUUGCAUUUGUCUCUGUGGCAUUGCAGUUAUUAUUUUUUGUGUGUGAGGGGGUAGCAUUUAGAAAGGCCAGUCGAUAUCCAGAUGUCCUUGUGCAGCUGUCAUGUGUGCGUGGUAAGGGAGGGUCCCGCCCUAGUCAAAGUGGACAAAACAAGCACAGGAAUGGGACAUAGGAAGGUCCAUUAUGCUAUCUUACAGGCACAGAGAGUAUCCUAGCAGAAGCAGGCAGUUAACUCAAGCUUUCUGUGUCUGAGUCCAUUGCAGGAACCACAAAAAUGCCCUCCCUUCCAAUCAGAGAGACAUAGAUUGGUGCUGAAUUUGACCCACAAUGUAUAUCCAGGGAGCCAACUCCUUCAGUGACCUGGGUGCUGCUCCUGCUUUUGCCCGUCUUUCCAAUGAGACCGGCUGCUCCCUCACACUGGCACCACUUAAGCCAAGGGUGUCCGAGUUACAACCCGCAGGCCAGAUCCAGCCCUAGUUGUGUUGUGCGGCCCUUAGGGUGGGGAUUUUGGGGGCUGGGCAAGUAGGGCAAGGCCAGCCACAGAUCCAAGGCAUGGAGCCCCAGUGGGCACAUGAAUCAGCAGCAUGGGGCAAGUGAUGGAUGCAUUAAUCCCUGCCUCAGCCACAUCCAGAUCUGGCUCAGGGGGCAGGGGACUUGAAGCAAAGGGUGGACAUGAAACCAGCCUUGGAGAACUUCUGCCCAAGCAGUGAGAAAUGGAAUGAAGAAGGGGUGUGAAAGGCAGGCAGCCUGGAUGCUUUGUCCAGCACGACCCUAGAUUCAUGGUGCAUGACUGCCUUAAAGCAGGGUGGACCCAGACCAGCUGAAUCAUCCUGAGGGCCACCAUUUGUGGGGUGUCCUUCCCUGGAGACUGGGAACUCUCAAAGCAAAUUCCUCGCAGAAGCACCUGCUGCCUGUGUGACAAACCUGUCUCCAUGCACUUCAGCUAUCUGCCCACCCCCUCUCUGGGAGCCAUGGGCACCAAUGAUGGGUGGUGAUAUCCUACCGGUGCUUCUGGCAAGUAUAUAAGGGGUAAGAAACCAAGCAGGAGCUCACAGGAGAGACCAGAAGAUCAGAGUCCUACCCGGCUACACGCACGAGGUGAGUGUCCGGUGUGCUCGGUUUUUGUUUGUGGUGUCUGCGGUACGAAAGAGCAGAGCUCAACGGUGGGAUGGGAUGGGAUUGGGUCAGCUGAAGGGAAGUUGCAGGCUCUGAGCGGGAGGAAAAAACAAAAAAUUCAGACCUCGCGAGGGAGGAGAUUGAAGAGAUGAAAUUGGGUUGAUCAAACCAUUUGGCUGUGACUGGAUCUCGUACACAAUGUCAGAGUAGAACAAAAAAUGGAAAUGUUGGCACAGGACCUUUGCCCUUUGUCAGAACAUUUUUUGGGUGGGGCAGGUGUUAGUCAGGAAUGAAAUCCCGGUGAAACCCACACGUUGAUAUGGAUGGGACUGCAGAUCCUGGAGGAAUGAGGUCCCAAUGAACUUUCUCUCACCAGCUGUCCUGAUCAGUCUUUAUUUCCCCACAUGCACCUUGAAACCUAUGCAGUGAGCUAAUCAGAGGAGCUGCUUAUCUUCCGAGGAAGUCUUGUUUCUCAGGGCUCCUGGGUUACACACCUAGCAGGGCUGCCGCAUGGAUCUUUGUCCUCAGCUUCCCCAUUUGAUAAACAGGGAUGUAAUGCCUGUUGUGUUACCUCCUUCACAGAGGAGGCUGAGUUUAGGUUCAUGGAUGACUGAAAUUCACCCCCGUACACAAGAUGUUUGCUCCAGGCUUUGGUGGCUCUGAAUAGGCUCUGAUAGCAUAUAAAUCUGCUUGCUUUCACCCUGAUAUCAAAGGGCGUGUGUAGACUAAAUGAGGGGCAUGUGUGCAUGACACUUUAAAGCAGGUUAAAUGCUUUUGCAUCACUUUAAUGGUGUUGGUGUUUGCACACGUCAGUGGUGUAUUGUGCAUUAAUUUGAGCCGGUGUAGUACAUCCGGUGGUGUAAUGCACCUUAAAUGACUUUGGGGUGCAGCAAACUAAAACACCUCUGAGGGGUUUUAGUUUACUGUCCUACAGCCUUGGAGCAAAGUACUGGGCUCCACGCAGCUCAGGGGCUGUGCAGGCAACUUGGCAGCAGCCCGGGAAGGCAGGCUCCACCAAAGGAAAAAAAAAAGUGGCAAGCCUGAUCUUUUCUUUUUUUUCCCCCACACUGGACAUAGGAGUGGGACACGGAGGGAAGCAUCCACCCCCCUUGCCCCCUACCCAGCCCAGGAACCGCUUUACCCACCAGCAGCUCACCCUCCUCUCCCCACUGCUGGAAAGGCAGCUAAGACACGGGUGUACAUGACAUGGGGCUUUACUUCGCCCUAAAUUGAAGCAGUGUUUUUAAAAACCCACCGCUUCAAUUUAGGACCCCCAUUUCAUACAUGCCCAAGGCUCUCCUCUGCUCCAGUCUCUCUCCUCUUGUCUUCAUUCUUCCUUCCUUUGUCCUAAUUUCAUCUCCAAUUUUUGUGUCAGGUCUCCCUCCCUCUGACCUCCCCCUGAUCAGAAGGGCCGGUCCAGUCCAGCUGCCAUCUGCAGAAUUGAUGCUCCAAGAGUUAGCUGAUUUCAAAGAAACUUUUAAAUAGGAGAGAUGGUUCCAGUUUACUAAGGUUGGGGAGGGCAGGAACAAAAUCAAUGCGUAAACAAGGGGAAAGGUGCUUUCCACUCGUCCCUCUCCAUAUGAGCAUUGAUUACUUUGACGCCACUCUCAUUAUUGCCAGUUAGCACCCGUCAGACAAUGGAGGAUGUUUCAGGGACAUGCAGUGUCUCCUGUCUGGAGUGUUACACUUUGAGUGCACAAGGGAUGAAUCAGAGGCAGGUUUUGUCUAGAUUAACUCUUGAACUCCCCUCUCUGGUCCUCAGCUGAUCCUGGUCCUGGUCCGUCACUGCAUGGCAGAUUUUUUACAGCAGUGACAAGGGGAUCAAAAAUGCUCCAUACUUUGCACCCACUUCACAUUGAUCUCCAAGCCAACAUCAGGUGCAGGGAGCAUACAACCCAGCUCCGUGUGCUGCACUGAGGUGCCACUCUGAUUCCCCUUGCUUUCCACUACCUGGGAAGCUAAUUCCAAAAUAAGCUGUAUCUUUGCUUGGGAAGACACUGGGCUGAAGUUGUAAAGUAUGAAAGACAUGUCCUGUUUACAAAUUAAAGGACGUUCCAUGGACCAGCUGGCUGAUUUGGCAAAUGCAGGGGGGUUUCCUCUGGGGGAGAACAGAUUCACGCAGAGCUAGUCAAUAGGAGAUGAAGGCAGAGACCAGGGGGGUUUAUAUGACAGUACUUUACUGAAGUUACAGAAUAAAUGAAAUGAAGCAAAAGAAUGAUCCCACUGAGAUAACACCACGUAUCAGAGCAUACACAUGGUAAUUCCUGUUAGAAGGAAAGAGCUGGGCAAUCCCCUUUUGAUCAUUACAGCCAAGCAAACGCUACGCUUCAUGGAGACAGGUGGUGCAGCUGAUUUUAAGGCACAAUUCCCAGUGCAAUGCAUGGGUUUGAUAAGCCAGCGAUUCAUUGCCUGGCAUAAGAGAGGAACCUCCGCAGGGGUCUUGUCCACUCUGGGGCUUUUUUGCUCCUUGUCCCAAAGCAAUUAUGACAGGAGGGACCUCAUUUCUCCUGCAUUUAGCAGGAGUCACAGGAACACAGGGCUGAAAGGGACCUCAGGGGAACAUCUAGUCCAAUCCCACUGACUUCUGUGGAGCAAAUGCCAGUUUGCCCCAACAGGAAAUCGGAAAUCUGGUCUGAUCAUUCUGAUCCCGUAGCAAUUCGCACCAGUGCGAACAACAACAUGUAGUGUAGGGCAUGGGGCAAGCAGACUCAAGGUGCAGAUGGAUCCAUAGGUCUCAGCAGGUACAUCACCUCCUGUAUUAAUUUGGUGGCAUUUGAGAUGGCCCUUUCUUGGCGCUCAAUGCCAAAAUGAUUGUUUGGCAAAAACUGUGGGCAUGGGAGGAAUAUUAAUUUGUUUCUACUAGUCUUUGGUUCACAAGCUGAUAUUUGUCUGAAAUCUCAUUUGCGGGGGUGCAAAUUUGACCUGAUGUCCCUUUAAUAAUGCCUGAAACCAGAGCUUUUAAAAAAAUAAUUAAGGAUCAGGAGGAAAAUGAAGGAAGUAGUUAAGUUGUAAGCCUGUACCUUGUUAAAGGCGCUCCAAAAGACGGGUUUAAUAUUUUACAAGGGUGCUUAAUGUUUAUAUAAAUCCUCCUUCAGAUGGCUAAUGGCUGUUAAAUCAAGGUGGAGACUAGUUUUUAAAACCUUUUCCCAUGGCCUGAGGUGGUAGAAGAUGUUUUGGGCUCCUUGAGAGCUUGAUUAAAAAACCCAGUGCACCAAUGGGAGAAGACUAUAAAUCCUUAUAGAAUUAGAGCGUGGGACAUGACUGCCUUGCUUCCUUUUCCCUCCCCCCAAGCUUAUUGAAGGAAAAUAUAAAAAAGAUCUUAAUAAAACAAUUAAAGCUACUGCUUUUGUGCUAAAUCACUAUACUUUCCUCACUGUGGAGACUCAAGGCAGGAAACUGAAGCAGUUUCUAUUGAAUGUGUGUGGGCUUUGUACUUCAGGGAAGCUCUGAAAUUCUGCAACACCAUGUUUUUAAUAUAGGAAUUAUUGCUCCAGAUUGAACAAACCUGUUUAUGAGCGGUGGCAUUUGUCUCACGUUAAGAAAAGGGGAGUUGAUCAAGAUUUGCUAGGGAGGAGGGUCUUUUUUCAGCUCAAGGAGGGUGGGAAGUCUUGGAGUUGGGCCAGAGAAUGGGGAAUUGGAGCCCCUGGGAUGUAUUCUUAGCUCAUGGAGCGGCUCGUUAGAGCAUGACGGGUCUGUUGCUCUGACCACUAAGAUCUCUUCCUAAAGCAGGAAUCCUGAGCUACAGCUUGGUCACUGACUUGAGACCCUUUCAUGAUUCAGUUUCCCCCUCUGUAAAGUGUGGAUAGUGCUAUAAAGUACUUCGAGAUUUUUAGGUGAAAAGCUUUGUAUAAUCUAUGAUGUAUUAUACAAAGAUGCGCCAUGAUUUCACAAUCAAUUAUUUGUUAUGCAGAUAGUCAAAUCCAGGGUUUCAGAAAUCAUGCAACUGUUCAUAAUUUAAAGGGGAAAUAAGCUGGAGCUGAUAAUACCUAAGAACUGGCCAGCUGGAGCCAUUUUAGCUAGUCUGUUAGAGGACUUCUAGGCAGGCCUGUCUUGCCCUUUACCUUGCAUAGAUAGGAUUUCUUCUCCAGAGCAGACACCCCUCUCAGCAUUCAUCUGUUGGAAACCAGAGCCUGGCUAGAAGUGACAUCAUUCUUUAAAGGGACAUAGGUUGUAGCCAUGUUGGUCUAAGAACAUGGGUAGACAAGGUUCUUUGGUUAAAUCUGAUAUCUUUUAUUAAUCCAACUCAAAUAGUUGGAAACAUUCUUCCAUGAGUUGGUCUAAUAAGAGAUAUCAGAUUUACCCAAAGAACUUUAUCUGUCUUUAAAGGGACAUGACAUUCAGAUGCACCGACCCUCGGAAAACUGAAACUUUUUCAGGAAUCUCUGAGCAGGUACUCACCCAAAAUCACUGCCCUCUUUUGAAAAUCUCAGCUUUAAUCUUUGUUCAGAAAUACAGAGUUCUGACACUUUGGGCAAAAUGCUCCUUACAGGGCCCUGUCUAGUCACAAAGGCUCCUGGCUCCAAAAUGCAAACCCAUGUACCUGCAGAGAGCACUUCUCUCCCACACCAGGAGAGGAGCUGUGCAUCAGUUCAUAGGAUCAAGCCCUUGGCUAACGCUGGCUCCAGACUUUCUCAAGUUCCAAGGAUGGUUUCGAGGAGGGCCGUGGUGAUUCUUUUGGUGGUGUAUGGGAUGGCCAUGCUGGCCAAGCAGACCGAAGGCUUCUUACCCAUUUUCACUCACAGCGACAUGCAGAGGAUGCAGGAGAGAGAGAGAAAUAAAGGGCAGAAGAAGUCCCUGACCUUGCAGCAGCAAUCGGAAGAAGGAGACUUUACUGGGCCCUCCAGCAUGGAGGGUGUCGGUGAGGGUGAGAUGAUCAAGCUGACUGCUCCUGUGGAAAUCAGAAUGCAGCUCAACUCUAGGCAGCUGGAAAAAUACCAAGGUGGCCUGGAGAAACUGCUAACUGAGAUGUUACUGGACACUGAAAACGCUAACUGAAUCAGAAGCGUAAGGCGGUGCCGUUUGCUAACCUAAAAGCCUACACACAUGUAAACUGAAUCUGUCAAGGGUUUCGAAACAAUCUGAUGUGAGCUAAUAAAAUGUGCAGUUUAAUUAAAUGAA